AUGGAGUAUAUGAGCACGGGUAGUGAUAGCAAAGAGGAGAUUGACUUGUUGCUAGAUCAUUUAAAUAUGUCUGAGGUGAUAGACAUCAUGGAAAACCUUUAUCCAGGUGGAGACCUUGCAGUCUAUGAAGACAGCUUAAUUACAAUGUGUGAAGAGGCAAAUCAAAAUGAAGAACGUGCGGAAUCGUUACUGUUUUGUGAAAGGGAAGUUUCGUUGAUGUCCUCCGUCAAAUACGGGACUGUGGAAGACCUGCUUGCUUUUGCAAAUCAGGUCUCUAACACUGCAAAACAAUUUAAAGGAUGCAGACAGCAAGAAUCUGGAAUCCUUUUGAAUAUGGUAAUCACACCCAAGAAUGGGCGCUAUCAAAUUGACUCAGAUGUGCUCCUGUUUCCAUGGAAGCUGACUUAUAGGAACAUUGGCUCUGAUUUCAUUCCUCGGGGAGCUUUUGGGAAGGUGUACUUAGCCCAAGAUAGAGAAACCAAGAAACGAAUGGCAUGCAAACUGGUCCCAGUGGAACAGUUCAAACCAUCGGAUGUUGAAAUACAAGCAUGUUUCCGUCACGAAAACAUUGCUGAAUUAUACGGUGCUAUUCUGUGGGAUGAGACAAUCCAUCUCUUCAUGGAAGCCGGAGAGGGAGGAUCUGUCAUGGAAAAGCUGGAGAGUUGUGGUCCUAUGAGAGAAUUUGAAAUAAUUUGGGUGACAAAGCAUAUUCUGAAAGGACUUGACUUUCUCCACUCCAAGAGGAUUAUCCACCACGAUAUAAAACCAAGCAACAUUGUCUUUAUGUCAACUAAGGCUGUUUUGGUGGAUUUUGGCCUGAGUGUUCAGAUGACUGAAGACAUUUACUACCCCAAAGACCUUAGAGGAACAGAGAUUUACAUGAGCCCUGAAGUUAUCCUCUGCAGAGGCCACACAACAAAAGCAGACAUAUACAGCAUGGGAGCCACUAUUAUUCAUAUGCAAACUGGCAUCCCGCCUUGGGUGAACCGAUAUCCUCGUUCUGCAUAUCCGUCCUACCUCUAUAUUAUACACAAGCAAGCUCCCCCCUUGGAGGACAUUGCUGAAGACUGCAGCACUUCCAUGAGAGAGUUGCUAGAAGCAGCUCUAGAAAGGAAUCCUAAUCACAGGCUGUCUGCAGCAGACUUACUGAAACACGAAGCCUUGCACCCACCCCCAGAAGAGCAACCGCGGUGUCAGAGCCUGGAUUCGGCGCUGUUUGAAAGGAAAAGACUGCUCGCAAGGAAGGAGCUGCAGUUGCCAGAAAACAUUACAGAUUCCUCACUGUGUACCGGGAGCAUGGAAGAGUCAGACCUGCUAAAGAGGCAAAGAUCACUCUACAUAGAUCUUGGAGCUCUGGCCGGUUACUUCAAUAUUGUUAGGGGACCACCAGCCUUAGAAUAUGACUGACUCAGUAACGUUCUAUGUCAGCAGGUCCGAAAUGGACCUCUACCUCUUAAAACUUGAUUUUAAGACUUGAUUUUCAAAUUUGUACAUAAAAAUAUCACCCUUGUAAGCUGUAAAAUGUGAAUAGUGUUGAAUUGCACGGAUGAUUAAGCUAAACCCUUAGGGGCUCUGAUAAGCUGAUCCCAAGCAACAAUAUUUGUGCGUCUGCUGGUUGACCAACAAGAAGAUGGCAAAAAGAACACUGCUGGGAACGUCUUUAUCCAGGAUAUCUUCCUGUGCUGGUCCUUGCACUUUUAUAAAAUUUGUAAUAUAUGCUUGCAAAUACUGCCA